AAACAUUUUGGACCUAGGGGCUUGUCGUAGUUUUAUGAUGUCACGGCCGGGGUUUGGAUUGUUUUGGCGGGUUUGAAUUUUGUCGAAGGUUUGAUUCAGUUACAGCUGUGAAAAAUAUCGAAAAUGGAGCGUGGAAGACCGAGCCGAGCAGGAAGCUGCAGACCAGUAGCGUCGGAGCUACCGUUACGGGUGCAGGACAACAACAGGGGUAGCAUGUACGCAACACCACAGAGUAAACUACUUUCUUUUGGAAAGCUCAGCAUGUCAAAAUCAGCAUCUGUGACCUCUGAAAAACGGACCACAUUUUUUGGUGCCAGGACUAGUGGAGCCAGCAUGCCUCGGAGCAGCAUCGUGGGGUUUGGAGGAACUGAGAAGAUCAAAGAUACCAGACCGCUCCAUGAUAAGACAUUUGUUCAGCAGUGUAUCCGGCAGCUGCAUGAGUUCUUAACUGAACAGGGUUUUCCAGGCACUUUAUCAGCCAAAACUCUACAGUCACCUUCCACCAAGGAAUUUGUGAAGAUUUUUGAGUUCAUUUACUGCCAGCUUGAUCCAACCUUUGAGAUGCCAAAGUCCAAAGUUGAGGAGGAGGUUCCAGCUCACCUAAAAGGCUUAGGGUAUCCAUUUGUGCUUUCCAAGUGUUCAAUGUAUUCUGUUGGAGCUCCUCAUACCUGGCCUCAGGCCCUCGGUGCUCUCAUGUGGCUAAUUGAUAAUGUCAAGAUCCAGUGGAGUUUAUCUAAGCAGGAGCGGCUGUUUCCUGACUCCUGUGAAGAUGUCAACAAUAUGGAGGAGGGAGCUGAGUACAGAAAGCUUUUCCUGGACUACACAGCUGAUUCAUACGCCAAGUUCAUGCAGGGUCAGGACACAUUUGAGGAGGAGAAUGAGGAAUUCCUCACCAAAUUGAAGAAGCAUUACAAAGUUGAUGAAACCCUGCUGCUGUCGGAGGAGGAAAAGCUCAAAACCCUCCGUGAGGAGGUUGAGCGCCUGUCAAAAGAGAAUCAGACAGAUCGUCUAAUGACAAAGAAGAUGGAGAUGAUGAAGCUGCAAGCAGACUCGAAGAAUCUUCUGAGUUAUCGAAGCAACAUGGAGUCUUUUAAAGCCAAACUGGAGAACAAAGCCUCAGAACUAAAAGAUGAACUGGGGACAACUGUCAGUCUUUUGGAAUCCCUCAAACACGAGAGGGGAAAACUUCAACAUCUGCUGCAGAACCAAAAGUUCACUCCAGCUGAUGUCGAGAGGAUCAAUGCAGAGAAAAGGGAACUUCAGCAGACCAUCGCUGGUCUCACAAAGUCUCUCGAGGAAGCUGAACAGCACAAGUGGAAUGAAGAAAUUGCUUUGUCUAAAGGGAAAGAGAAGGUGGACUUGAAGCUGACUGAGUACCACAAAUUGGCACGGAAACUCAAGCUGAUCCCACAGUCGGCAGAAAACGCCUGUGGUCACGAUUUUGAGAUUAGGUCAUUGGAAUGUGGACCCGGCAGUGCAGUUCAGCACAAUGUACAGCUGCAGAUGCUUCUGAGAAAGUUGGUCACUGAYGUAGAAGAGGAGAACAGUCGGAUAGUCAACUUGAAACUCAGCCUGGAAGAGUCCAUUGAACAGGUAACUUCCAACAUCCUGGACAAGUCCAAUGACCUUAAGCAGCUCAGAGAACAGAUCCGUAAGUUGGACGAACGACUGGAGUCUAACAUGCAGGAGCUAGCCAGAGAGGAGCAGGACUGGGACAGAGAGAUAGUGUCUGUGGAAAGCCACCGCAAACGUCUUGAGGAGAAAGUUAAUUAUGGUUAUGAUGAGGCUGUGCAGCAGCUAAAGGCAGCGCAACAACAGUAUCACCUGGUGCUGCUAGAGACGAGCGAAGAAAGACGAAUAGUCACCAGCAACCUGACGUCCAUAUUUACCACAGCUGCAAAUCAGUUGUCGGUUAUUGAGAAGUGCAUGGAUGAGCUGCAUAGCCGAGUGCAGCGCGUCACCUCCAAGGCCAUUGAAGAGGAUGAGGCUGCUGUUCAGAGGAUGAAGGAGAUGCUGAGGAGCUUCAAGGCAAAAGCAAAUGGUUUAUAGAGAAAUGCAGCAAAAUGGGGACCUGUUGGCCUUCAAAAAGAGAAUAUUCCUUGAACUUUUAUUUGAAUAGUUUCCAUUUUGUCUUUAAGUAAAUAUAUCUUUUUGGAUUUACAUUUAAAGUGAAAUAAUUUUUGUUUUAUAAUUUUUUUUCUACUAAUUUUUUUAUUUUUUUUGGAUUUGCCUAGUUAAAGGCUGAAUAAAAACAAAACAUCUUAACUGCGUUUAAACAUUGACAAACUCAAGGUGGCAGCACCAAUUUACUGACAAGUGAAACUUCACGUUGCCUGUUAGCUGACAACAUUAGAUGCUAUGUUAUCAGUUCAGUUUUGUUCUUUUUAACCAGCUGUCUAAUUAAUCAGUUUCUUCAUGUUUUUGAAGAGAGUAAGGGCAGCUAAUGUCACCCAUUAGACAAAGAUGCAUAAGAUAAGAAAUGUUAUUUUUUUAAUAUUGUAGUUUAAGGAAAGAGGUUAUCAUAUUCAUUGGUAGCUUUGUUCAUCAGAAAGGAUUGUAGUUCCUAAACCACAUAAAGUUUUUCCUAAAUUUGUGUAAAAGAUUUGGUCAUUGUUUUACACCAGAUGCCAUGCCUGAUGAAACCUGGGCUCUAACCUGCAGCCUCAGAAUAAACAUGGUAUUUAUUUAGAAAUUUAACUCAUAGCGAGUAUUUGUUGUUUUUAGCUUUAAAAGUUAGUUUCAGCUUCCUUAAGYGCUUACAUUGUGUUUUUACUGAAAAUUAAUUUCCUCUCCUUUUUUGUUCAGAGUUGCUCUUGUUAUAAUAAAAACAGAAUCUGGUUUGCUUCAGAUUUUGGAGGAAAACUUUUUUUUUCAUAACUUCAGAUAUUUAUUUGUUCUGUGUUUUAGGCCUGUAAUCAUAUUGUCAUGAAGUCAAAAUACAAGUAAAAUGUUUUGUAAUAAAGGCAUCACCUCAUUGGUCAACCUGGUUUCAUAUUUUACUCAUGCUUAAAAUCAGCAUUGAUCCUAAGUUGGACAAAAAGAAUUAAAGACAGUUUUGGUAAAUAAAA